CUCAAAUCUUUUUAGCGGACGUCUUAUUUAUUUUAUAAAGUGUCUAACUUAUUUUUUUGAAUCGUCUCAUUUUAGCUUCGGAAUGCAUAUGAAUCUCAUUCUGGGAUUAUUAUUUUGGGCUACGGCCAUCUUGGGUGCAGUGUGGUUACUCUUGGUUGCACUCAAUGUUUAUGUCAGAUCAACAAAAGACGCCAACAGAGCAAGACUUAUACGCGAUUUAGGUGAACCAACAGUCCGUCUUGAAGAACCAUUGUUUUUAGGUUUAUUUCAUCCUUACUGCAAUGCAGGAGGCGGAGGAGAACGUGUCUUGUGGACAUGUGUUCGCGACAUUCAAAAAGAGUUUCGGAAUGUUAUUUGCGUUGUCUACACUGGCGAUCUGGAUGCCUCCAAAGAGCAAAUACUUGCAAAAGUGAAGAAUGGUUUCAGUAUUGAGCUUGAUCCAUCUCGACUCGCCUUUGUAUAUUUGAGGAAAAGAUACCUCGUGGAAGAUGACAGAUACCCUCGUUUUACUUUAAUCCUCCAGAGUUUAGGUUCAAUCUUUCUUGGAUUUGAAGCGAUCAGUCAAUUAGUACCCGAUGUGUUCUUUGACACCAUGGGUUACGCUUUCACUUUCCCUUUAGUACAUUAUGUCGCCAAUAUAAAAAUUGCAGCCUACGUUCAUUAUCCGACUAUUAGCUCAGAUAUGGUCAAUCGUGUCUAUGAGCGUAAGGCUCAAUACAACAAUGAUAUCAGAUUUGCUCAAAGCACUAUUUGGACAACUGGAAAAUUGAUAUACUAUCGACUCUUUGCUAAAUUGUAUGGAUUUUGUGGAUCAUUUGCACAGGUAGUCACUGUCAACUCAACCUGGACCAAAGGACAUAUUGACUCGUUGUGGCACACUAAAGCAGAGAUUAUCUACCCACCCUGUGAUACUGAGAGGCUUAACAAAUUACCUCUGAAAGGAAGGAAGCCGAUGAUUGUUAGCGUUGCUCAGUUUAGGCCUGAAAAAGAUCACGCAUUACAAUUAAAAUCUUUGGCACGAUUAUUUGAAAAAUAUUCACAGUGGAAAGACACAAAGGUAGAGCUUGUCUUGAUCGGAAGUUCAAGAAAUGAAGGCGAUGCAAAGAGAAUAGAUGAUCUACGUGAACUAGCGAAACAGCUAAAUAUCCAAGACUUUGUUCGAUUUGAAAUCAAUGCGCCUUAUGACUUACUGGUGUCCACUUUAGCAACAGCCAAGAUUGGGCUACAUACAAUGUGGAACGAACAUUUCGGCAUCGGUGUUGUAGAGUAUAUGGCAGCAGGGCUCAUCCCUGUAGCACAUAAUUCGGGAGGACCUAAACUGGAUAUUGUCACUAGUUAUGAUGAAAGACCCACAGGAUACCUUGCAGAUUCAGCUGACAGUUUUGCAGAUUGUCUGCAUGCAGCAUUGUCACUGUCAGAAGAAGAAUAUGAAAAAAUGGCUUCCAACGCUCGAGCAUCAGCAUGUGAUAAAUUUUCAGAAGAUGCCUUUAGUUCAGAUCUCUUGUAUGCCUUACGUCCUUGUUUAACAUAAACCUUUCUUUAUGUGCGCGGAUUUAGUA